GUCCCUUGCGGAGUUUGGGCCAAAGUGCUGCUGCCCGCUGGGCUGACGUCCCCCUCUCUAGUGCUGUGGCUCCUGGAGGGCUUCCCCGGAGGGACCCUGUUAGCCAGCCCACGGCUGCCUGGACCCUGGAGGGGCAGGUCCCCUCUCUGGCUCCCUCCCCCGCCCUGUGUGGCUGACGAGGGAAAAGGGAAAGAAGAGCUCUCUGCUAGGACACCUCCCGGAUGCGGGGCUGCGAGGCCGAGGCCGAGGCCGGUGGGGACGGCUCUAGCACCCAGUUCUUAGAAGCCUGGGUUGAGGGUGUCUGAGAGGAAGCCCAUGUGAUCUUUAAAUAGAAAGCCAACUCCCAGCGGCCCUGCCCACUCAUGGGGAAGCGUCACAGUUUGGUGCAGGUACCGGGAAUCUGGGCUUAGGUCUGGCCCCUGCGCCCAGCACUGCGCCCCCACUGGGCCGACCACCCGGGGCGUCUGGAUACGUGGGGCUGCACAGGCAUCUGAUUGGAUUAGACUUUUUGUUCCAGCAUUACCUCUGACAGAUUGCUUUAAUAACAGCACACCCUUGAAGGCAACCCAAGGCGGGGCUCCCGGCUGCUCUGGGAUCCUCUCAGCUGUAUCUGUUUCCAAAGCCUUCCCUCUCUAAAGCUGCUUGGGAGCGCCCCUCCCUCCGCCCCCCCCCCCAGACUCUUUGCUAGCCAGACAGGCUCCACAGCUGGGUGACUGAGUGGGGGAGAGGGCUUUGUGCCUGCAGGCUCCGGGGCUUCUUCCCUCUGCUCCCUCUGCAGCCUGUCGCGGGGACCCUCCUGGCAUCCAGGCAUGGUGCAGGCUUAAUGACAUUACCGGCGUCUGGCUGCUGCUGCCAGACUCGCUGUAAAUUCUGAUGGGCUGGCAAGCUGUGUGAGGGUGGAGAGGCGGUGUGCUGCUUUGCUUUGCUUCGGGUUUGCUGGCAACGGAAAAUCUGAUAGGACUCAUCAAAGGUCGGCCCCGUGAGCGGCUGUGCCCUGGCUCAUGGUGACUCCAGGUCUCCUGGGAGGCCGACUGUGGUGGGGUUUACUCUACCCUGGGGUCCUUCUGGCUUGUGCUUGAGCCUCCUCCCAUGGUGGGGGGGGGGUGCCUUCCUUGAAGAGGCAAGUUUGUAAGAUGAGAGGAGAGGGGCAGGGUUCCUGCGGGCCACCCGCCAGCAUCCUCGGAGCAUCCUGCACCUGAGCACGGCUUGCCAGCCUCUCCCCCGCCUGCCCUGGCCUCUGGCUUGGGGAGCCAGCCGCCUUUCUUAGUAUAAUUUCACGUAGCGGUGACAGUGGCUUACUUGAAAGCAUCUUGGAGAGCGGCGGAGGGUGUGAGGCAAGUCGGAGAGGUGGGAGCCUGGGCUGCCGAUGGCUCCAGCCGGCGCGAGUGUGGAAAAAAGCUCAUUCCAGGAAAAGUGGCAUCAGCGCCACGUUGGCUGGCGUCCAGGUGGGGUGCUUGGUGAAUUUUGUCAUGGUGGUUUAAGGAGCCUCUUCUAGAAGUUCCAGCGUGCAGUUCCCCAUCAACGGGAAGGCUUGGACUCCAAGAUGAUUGUGAAGGAAUAUCGGAUUCCUCUGCCAAUGACUGUAGAGGAGUACCGCAUCGCUCAGCUGUACAUGAUACAGAAGAAGAGCCGCAACGAGACAUUUGGCGAAGGCAGCGGCGUGGAGAUCCUGGAGAACCGACCGUACACAGAUGGCCCUGGCGGCUCUGGGCAGUACACGCACAAGGUGUACCACGUGGGAAUGCACAUCCCCAGCUGGUUCCGCUCCAUUCUGCCCAAGGCGGCCCUGCGGGUGGUGGAGGAGUCCUGGAAUGCCUACCCCUACACCCGAACCAGGUUCACGUGCCCUUUCGUGGAGAAAUUCUCCAUUGACAUCGAGACCUUUUAUAAAACUGAUGCUGGAGAAAACCCCGAUGUGUUCAACCUCUCUCCUGUGGAAAAGAGCCAGCUGACCAUUGACCUGAUUGACAUCGUCAAGGACCCGGUGCCCCCCAACGAGUACAGGACUGAGGAGGACCCCAAGCUGUUCCGCUCGGUAAAGACGCAGCGGGGGCCCCUGUCGGACAACUGGAUCGAGGAGUACAAGCAGCAGGUGUGCCCCCUCAUGUGCGCCUACAAGCUGUGCAAGGUGGAGUUCCGCUACUGGGGCAUGCAGUCCAAGAUCGAGCGCUUCAUCCACGACACGGGCCUGCGGAAGGUGAUGGUGCGGGCCCACAGGCAGGCCUGGUGCUGGCAGGACGAGUGGUACGGGCUGAGCAUGGAGAACAUCCGGGAGCUGGAGAAGGAGGCGCAGCUCAUGCUGUCCCGCAAGAUGGCCCAGUUCAAUGAGGAGGAGGAGGAGGAGGGCUCCCGGCUCACCGUGGAUGAGGCAGCCAGGAGCCCAGCCUCUGGGGAGUCCCCGCAGCCCAGCAGCAGCAGUGGGGACCCCCUGGCCAGCCGGGGCUUGAAGAAGCAGUGGUCCACAUCCUCCAAGUCCUCGCGAUCGUCCAAGCGGGGAGCCAGUCCUUCCCGCCACAGCAUCUCUGAGUGGAGGAUGCAGAGCAUCGCUAGGGACUCGGACGAGAGCUCGGACGACGAGUUCUUCGACGCUCAUGAGGACCUGUCCGACUCGGAGGAAAUAUUCCCCAAGGACAUCACCAAGUGGAACUCCAAUGAUCUCAUGGACAAAAUCGAGAGCCCUGAGCCAGAAGACACGCAGGAUGGCCUGUACCGCCAAAGGGCCUCCGAGUUCCGGGUGGCCUCCAGUGUGGAGCAGCUGAACAUCAUGGAGGACGAGGUCAGCCCACCACUGGCCGUGCCGCCCUCCAAGAUCCACGUGCUGUUGCUGGUGCUACACGGGGGUACCAUCCUGGACACAGGCACCGGGGACCCCAGCUCCAAGCAGGGUGACACCAACACCAUGGCCACCGUGUUUGACACGGUCAUGCGGGUGCACUACCCCAGUGCCCUGGGCCACCUUGCCAUCCGCCUGGUGCCCUGCCCGCCCAUCUGCGCUGACGCUUUUGCCCUCGUCUCUGAUCUCAGCCCCUACAGCCACGACGAAGGCUGUCUGUCCAGCAGCCAGGACCACAUCCCCCUGGCCGCCCUGCCCCUGCUGGCCACCUCUUCGCCCCAGUACCAGGAGGCCAUUGCCACAGUGAUUCAGCGGGCCAACGUGGCCUAUGGGGACUUCAUUAAGUCCCAGGAGGGCAUGACCUUCAAUGGGCAGGUCUGCUUGAUCGGGGACUGCGUUGGGGGCAUCCUGGCGUUCGAUGCCCUAUGCUACGGGAACCAGCCGGUGUCCGAGAGCCAGGGCAGCAGCCGCCGGGGCAGCGUGGCCAGCGUGCAGGACACUGACCUGCUGUCCCCGGGGAUCCUGGUGAACACACCGCACUGCUCUGGUGGUGGCAGUGGCCUGGAGAACAGCCGGCACCUGAGCCGCAGCAACAUUGACAUCCCUCGAAGCAGUGGCGCUGAGGACCCCAAAAGGCAGCUGCCCCGCAAGAGGAGCGACUCGUCCACCUAUGAGCUGGACACCAUCCAGCAGCACCAGGCCUUCCUCUCUAGCCUCCACGCCAGGGUGCUGAGGACCGAGCCUGGCUCCCGCCGUUCAAGCAGCUCCACCAUGCUGGAUGGCGCAGGAGCGCUAAGCAAGUUUGACUUUGAGAUUGCUGACCUCUUCCUCUUCGGGUGUCCCCUGGGGCUAGUCCUAGCCUUGAGGAAGACAGUCAUCCCUGCCCUGGAUGUUUUCCAGCUGCGGCCCGCCUGCCAGCAGGUGUACAACCUCUUCCACCCCGCCGAUCCUUCGGCCUCGCGCCUGGAGCCGCUGCUGGAGCGGCGCUUCCAUGCCCUGCCGCCGUUCAGUAUUCCCCGCUACCAGCGAUACCCGCUGGGCGAUGGCUGCUCUGCGCUGCUGGUCGAGACCGUGCAGAGAAACCCCCAGCUGGUCCUGGAGGGCGCCCCCUUGGCCCCUCUCCCACCCGGGGAUGGCUUCCUGGAAACCAGCAUCCCUGUUCCCGCGCUCUCCUGGCAAGAUGGGCCCCGCCCGAGCCCGGGCUGUGCUGAGUCAGACGUGCUCCAGGCUCACAACACUGUCUUCCAAGAGCAUGUCACCCCUUCCUCACCCAGCACGGCACCCACGACCCGCGGUUUCCGCCGAGCCAGUGAGAUCAGCAUUGCCAGCCAGGUGUCGGGCAUGGCUGAGAGCUACACGGCGUCCAGCAUCGCCCAGAUUGCUGCCAAGUGGUGGGGCCAGAAGCGCAUCGACUACGCCCUGUACUGCCCUGACGCUCUGACAGCCUUCCCCACGGUGGCCCUGCCCCACCUCUUCCAUGCCAGCUACUGGGAGUCAACAGACGUGGUCUCCUUCCUGCUGAGACAGGUCAUGCGGCAUGACAAUUCCAGCAUCUUGGAGCUGGACGGCAAGGAGGUAUCGGUGUUCACCCCCUCAAAGCCCAGAGAGAAGUGGCAGCGCAAGCGGACCCACGUGAAGCUGCGGAACGUGACUGCCAACCACAGGAUCAAUGACGCAGUUGCCAACGAGGAUGGGCCGCAGGUUCUGACGGGUCGGUUCAUGUAUGGGCCCCUGGACAUGGUCACCCUGACUGGAGAGAAGGUGGAUGUGCACAUCAUGACACAGCCGCCCUCGGGUGAGUGGCUGUAUCUGGACACGCUGGUGACCAAUAGCAGUGGCCGCGUGUCCUACAGCAUACCUGAGACACACCGCCUGGGCGUGGGCGUCUAUCCUGUCAAGAUGGUGGUCAGGGGAGACCACACCUUUGCUGACAGCUACAUCACAGUGCUGCCCAAGGGCACGGAGUUUGUGGUCUUCAGCAUCGAUGGCUCCUUUGCUGCUAGUGUGUCCAUCAUGGGCAGUGACCCCAAAGUGCGAGCUGGAGCCGUGGAUGUGGUUCGGCACUGGCAGGACCUGGGCUACCUCAUCAUCUAUGUGACCGGCCGGCCAGACAUGCAGAAGCAGCGUGUGGUGGCAUGGCUGGCCCAGCACAACUUCCCCCAUGGUGUGGUGUCCUUCUGUGAUGGGCUGGUGCACGACCCGCUGCGGCACAAAGCCAACUUCCUGAAGCUGCUCAUCUCUGAGAUGCACCUGCGCGUGCACGCAGCCUAUGGCUCCACGAAGGACGUGGCAGUCUACAGCUCCAUCAGCUUGUCCCCCAUGCAGAUCUACAUUGUGGGCCGGCCCACCAAGAAGCUGCAGCAGCAGUGCCAGUUCAUCACUGAUGGCUACGCAGCCCACCUGGCUCAGCUCAAGUACAACCACCGGGCACGGCCAGCUCGCAACGCAGCCACCCGCAUGGCGCUGCGUAAGGGCAGCUUCGGCCUGCCAGGUCAGGGCGACUUUCUGCGCUCCCGGAACCACCUGCUCCGAACCAUCUCAGCCCAGCCUAGUGGGCCUGGCCACCGGCAUGAGCGGACACAGAGCCAGGCGGACUGCGAGCAGCGGGGCCAGCGCAGCAUGAGCGUGGCUGCCGGCUGCUGGGGCCGCACCAUGGCUGGCCGGCUGGAGCCAGGGACAGCCACCGGCCCCAAGUAGGGCACUGGUCGGGAAGGCGCUGUGGUCUCCAUGGUGCUAGGCCGGGGUGGCGAGCCCAGCCAGGCCUGACCUGGGCACAUGCAGUUGAUGGGGACAAGCCUGUCCCAGGGCCUGGUGGAGGACACUAAGUGCCACAUGCAGCCCUCCCAGCCGUGCCUCAUGCCCUAGGGUCUGAGAGGUUUCAGCUGGUAGAAGCUGGCAGGACAACCAGCCUAGAAGAGGACAGAGGGACCAUGUCCCCUGAAUGCACGGGCACAGAAGAUGCUCCUAGACAUUUGCCCUGCCUUGACCUCUGGCAUCCUGACGCCAGGCCUGGGCCCAGUCUGCCACCUCCUAAGUCACUAGCUCAUGGUGACCCCCAGGUCCACUCCUACUUGGUAGCACCUCCAAUGGGGUCCAGCCUGCUUCUUGUUAAUUUGAGUUAACUAUUUAACCUCACUGGUUUUGCACUGAUUUCUGAGAGCGGAGACCCAUUAUCAUCUCCUAUGGCUAUGGACUUGUUGGAAUGCACGACAAUUCAGUUGGCUGAUCCAGGACCUAUUGCCACUUGGAAGACACCAGGGCACUCACCUUGUUGGAGAGAAGGCCAUAUCUUCAUUUCUGCAGCACUGGACCCCCGCCCACCUGUCUACCUGCCCUACCUGGAGUCCAGCCCAGCUGCAGGCCUGGCGUCAUCAGUGGCCCUGGGCAUAGCCCAGGCGACGGGGCCUGUGAAGCCACAGCCAGGUCCCAAGCAGCCCCGCCUUGGGCUGUGGGACCUGGCCAGGCCUGGCUCCUCUUCUGCUCCUUGCCUGCCAUCAGUCAAGGCCCCAGCCUCGGCCCUCCUGCGGCCCUUCUGCGUUUCUACACCUUUCUACUCCAACCUGAUUUCUAUGAGGUUUUUUUUUAAUGAGCAAUCCUUGGCUGCUUCCUUUUCUUAACUCUUUCAGUACCAAGCGCAGCCCCUCCACAUGAAAACACCCAGCACUGUGAUGGAGUCCAGCCUGGUUCUGGGUCCCAGGGCCCUGCCCUCUGCCCACAUGGCAGGGAAUGGCUCCCUGCCUCACCUGACCCCAUUAAUCCACUGAAUUUCUACUCUGGGAUGGGUGGGGCACACACUUAGGUUUUUUUAAUGCCAAUUCCUUUUCGAUGCCGAAUCUAAGAAGCCACAACUCGCUUUGUUAGUUUAAGGGCAGGCAGCCAUGAUGCCACUUCCCACCUGGUAAGGACCGUGCAGUCCUGCAUGCCAGGUCCAAGCCUCGACCUUCCCUCCCCAGUACCACCCAGAACUUGGCUGUGGCUCUCCUGCUGCAAGACUGGGGACAGGGGAAGGGUGUCCUGGGGGGACCCCCAGGGGCCUGCAGGCUCCACCUCUAAGAGGCUGCUGCCAACCUGGAUAUGGCCUCAGGCCCUCACAGCCAGGACAGGGAGGCAGAUUGAUGUUGACAUUUUCCCGUGUAUAGAUAUGUACAGCCAAAGGGUUGUGUAAAUGUUCUGCAAAAGUGGGUCUAUACAGAGUGAAGCUAUUUAUUUUGUGCAGAGAAAAAUGUCUGAAGGGAUGGGACCUUCAGGGUUUAUUCAUAUUUAAGAUGUAGCUUUUUGUUGUUGUUUCAGGUGUUAUGUAUAAAGCCAUGAUUAUUUUAUGGACCAAGUUUUAAUGUAACUGUUGCAGUGAAAGUGCAAUAUCUGACCCCUCACUCCCCAGCAGGAAAUCGCUUGGCCUGACAAUCACAUCCCGGCCAGUGGCCCUGUGGCCAGUGCCUCCUCGUCUUUUCAGUUCCCUUUACCCUGCCUGCCGCCUCGGUGACCAGCCAUCCGGGGGAGCCCCUGAAGUCUUGGCCUCGUUGCAAUAAAGGCUGGGAGGCCUCCUGGCCCAAGGAAGUCGUGUGGGCAGAGGGCUCAGCCUCUCCCCAAGGCCACUUCCCCAGACUCCAUGCUCCCCUGCCCACCUGCCUGCCCAGCGCCAGCCAUGCCAAGGACAACAGCAAUAGUCCCCUGGGCCUUUCCUGGGGGCCCUUAGCCAUAGGUGGUGAGAUGGGCAGCCCACCCUCCCGUGAUGUCUCUUCUAUAUCCAGGUCUGCUUUCUGCCCCCCUUAAGAUUCCUUUUGGCACAUUCUCCUCUUGAGGAAGCACCAAUUUUAUAGAAACUGAGAGAGGGAGGGCAGAGUCCUUUAAAAAUACCAAAAAUGUUUACAGUGUUGGGUGCUGAGCUGCAGGGCUCAGGCCUGACCAGUCGUAACCAAAGGGUGAGGCAGGUCUUGCCGACUGCCACCCACCCAGGCCUGUUAGAGUAGAGCCUUAGUCCCACACUUACCCACCCCCAAGCCUCAGCCCACACCCCUCCCCCCACUUGUCCUCUUUGAUUCUAAAGAGGGAUUCAGCGGAGACCCCGCCCCUUCCCAGCUCCUCUGAGCUGCCUGCCCACCCAUCGCGUUGCAGUCUUCAUGUCUGGCCUCCUCCCAUCCUGUCUGUCUGUCUGUCUGCCUGGGCCACCUGUAACAGUGUCCUGACUCGCCCCACCCCCUACUGUCCCUGCACUGUUGGGCCUGAGUGUGCUCUGUAUACAGUGUCACUGUCUGAUACACCGAUUAAAGAAGCAGGAAGGCUUC